AUGGAGGAAGCGGUUACACAUUAUAUCAAUUCUCAUCAAACAGGCGAGGCAGUACAUGUGGAUGCAAACUCUUUGGCGCUCAAUGUUCAAGAUGAUGGGGGCAGAGUGGCUAUCAUGCAUUCACAGACUUAUUCAACAUCAUUAUGCAGACAAGUGUCUGUGGGUGAUCAGGUGGCUGAAGGACAAUGGGGUGAAGAGCUGUUGGAUCCUGACUGCCGGCUGGCAGCCCUCAUGGCACACAUCACGCAACAGACCAGGGCGCAGCUACAACAACCACAUCACAAGGUACACGCAGUCAGGUCUGAUGUGGACACGUCAGUUAUUCUUGAUAACUCCAUGAGACUCUUCAGUGGGCAACCUUUGGAUCACUCACAAGAGCCCAUAGUGGUGGAGGUGCCCUCAUUACCUCCGUUGCCGCCGCUGCAACAGAUGAAGAGAUGUCAAGAAGACUGGUUCAACAGCAAGACUAAGACUCAGCUUAAAGAUAAUACCCCAAUGGUGGAAGGGCCCAACGACUCGGUGUUAGAAUUGAACGAGUGUACUUCCCCUAUGCAGAACAAACAACAAAGCAGAAAGAGCCUCCCACACAAGAAGAGAAUAUCAAGAAAGUUGAAGAAGACGAAUGAAGGUAGCACACUGCAACAGGACAUAGUAGUGAUCAACUGCACUGAAGAUGGUCAGCAGGAGGAGAUUCUUCCAGAUAACUUCGUGGCUGCUGUUCAGCAUCAGGGCUUGAGACCUGACGAGACCCACGAUAUAGCUGCACAUGAAGUUGUUCGUCCAAUUUUCAUAUGUCAGCUCUGUGGAGAGUUCUAUGGAGAGGAUCAGCUUAAAUUCUUCCAGCAUCUCAAACAUCACUAUGAGCCACACAACACUAUCAUCAUUGAGAACCCGGUUUCAGAUCUGGGCAUAGAUAAGAUAACAAACUCUUGCAUAGUGGACAACGUCGCGAUUCUUCCUGAUUCGAUAGUCGAACUGUCUCUAGAAAACUCCGUGCCAAAGACAAUGACGCAAUCUAUAGACAAACAUGUACUAUACACAACAAGUGAUAAAACCCUUAGCUACACAACAAAUAAGGUCCAAUAUUCCAUGGCAAGUAUGGACAAGGUGCCGACGGUAGUCUCAGAAGUAGAAAAGGGAGAUUUGUAUGAGCCGUUUGAUAAGUUGGAGUUGUACAAUUGUGUGAAGUGCAGUAAGUCGUUCAGAAAACAGAAGCAAUGUGAGGCGCAUAUGAAGGAAGUACACUCUGCAAAGUAUAACUUACAGCUGGAAGACAUGGGCGAGUUCAGUGAACCCGAGGACCUGAUGGAAGGCAUCCACGUGGCGGUGGAUGAGGAUGCACAACAUUACGAACACACCUUACUGCCACACCUCACGGUAGAGAACGGGCAGGCGCAUCAAGAACAUACGAGGUCUUGGUACUCGCGCGGGUCGUGCGGCGCGUCGUGCUGCGGCGCGUGCGCGGGGCGCGAGCGGCCGCACGACGCGCACCUCAAGGUGCUCAAAGAGGAAGUCCUUCAGCGUAUUCUUGAAAAUGACAACAUCGCUACUGAAAAUGGAAACUUUACUGAAAACAUUAUGACGGAAUCUUCUGAAAUAACUCCUGAAACGCCCUCCAAUGAGGAUUCGAAUUCCAAAGAGAGUUUGGUGGACAAUAAGAAAAAACCUUUGAAGAGGUUCGAGUGUCCUCAGUGUGGGAAGGUGUUCCACCAUAGGAACAGUCUGCUCUACCACUUGCUGUCCCACAGCGGCAAGCAGCACGUGUGUCGGGAGUGCGGGAAAGGGUUCUACACUGUCACUGCACUUAAGAUCCACAAGCGCGUGCACAACGGCGACCGGCCGUACAAGUGCGACGUGUGCGGGCGAGACUUCCGACAGUGGAGCGACCUCAAGUACCACAAAGUCUCCAUACAUUCCAACCAGAAAAUGUUCAAAUGCGAGUUCUGCGGCAAGGAGUUCGCGCGCAAGUACUCGCUGAACGUGCACCGGCGCAUCCACACGGGCGAGAGGAACUACAAGUGCGAGUUCUGCAACAAGACCUUCCGCGCCUCCUCCUACCGCCUCACGCACAUGAGGACGCAUACCAGCGAUAGACCGCACAAAUGUCCGCAAUGCGAAAAAUGCUUCAGAGUAGCCGCGGACCUCCGCAGACACAUGCUCAUCCACGACAAAGUACGCAACAGACUCAACGAGCAAAAAACCAAAAUCAAAGACGUGAAAGACAACAAAAAACAAUAUGAUAAACCAGAAGAAAAGCAACCAGUUAAAUUAGAGAAUAAAGCACCCAAGAAAAUCGCCGUGGCGUCCACAACUAAAAUGCCAAUGAGUACUCCUAACACUAACAAAGCUAACGCGAAGAAGACACCAAAACCCAUCAAGAAGAAUCAAACACCAAAGAAAGGAGCUCCCAACGUCACCAUAGACCAACUGGACACCAACUACACGAAUAAUGUCGAAGUGUUCGACACACGGCAGGAACCUCCUUACACUAAGUUCAAAGAAGUGUAUAACGAAAGUGGUUAUAUAAAAGACGAUUUAGAAAACGUUAUAGGAUACAAGAACCUCUCCGAAGACAGGGACUUUGCGAUACUGAGGCCGAUGUACAGAAAUAAUGUGUUAAUCGAUAAUGUUGAAAUCGAUAAAACAGAUUUCAGAGAAAAUACCGACGGGAAAAUGCAGGUGUACACGCAUAUAGAGAAGAAUAAAGAGUUCAACGGCGCCAUAGUGCCGGGCCACGUGGUCCUGGGGGAUGUAAGGCACCUGGAGAGGGACGUUAGACCCGAUGUUGAGGGGGAAGUCAUCGAGAACGGCUUCCUAGAGAGACUUACAGCCAUGUAUAAUAUACCUGCUGUCUAG